GCUACUGUCCGGCUGAAUAAAACAAACGUUAACGCCACAUAAUAGAAAAAAGAACCGAAAUAAAAUGUCAACAGUAACAUCAAUAAUCUGACAGUAUUUAUUAAAUCAAUUUAAAUGUACAAAUAAUCAAAAAUAAAGUAAAUGUUUCUAUUAAAUGGUAAUCUAAGUUAAAAAAAUGUUGUCGUCUCAUACAUAAAUGGGUGUCAUUUCAAAUAAUAUCAAAAUGAUUAAUAUACUUUCGUACGUGGGUAUGAACAUGCAGUCCGAAGUUUGUUUAUGGUGUUUACUGGGCCUCCUGCGGACUAUCUUCGACGCUACACUCUUCAAAGUGAACGACAACCUUAAACAGGUAUGGCAGAUGAACAUGCCAGAAGAGUUGUCGAUGCCGGUGCAGCGCGCGCUGCGGACCAUGGUGUCAGGCGUGAUGCUAGUCCAGUGCUUCACCGUCUACAUCUAUCUGGCUUCGUACAUAGUGCUGCUCUAUCCUGUGUUCUUGGAAGAGCGACCCACGUUGGUGCUACCCUGGUUACUCCUGGCUGCUAUCAGGAAGCUGUUAUGUGAGCUGACGAGCCUAGCUCUCGGUCUCGGCACGUGUGUGCUCCUAGGACCCGCUAGGACACCCUGUAUCAAGUUCAUCGUGGUCAAGUUCACGACAAUCAUGCCUGCAUUUUACAUGUGGAUGCUUGUAUUCAGUUAUUACCAUGCACUCAAAGUGGCCACAGCAUUCAAAACGUUUCCCGCCGUCCUGCCCCCCAACGACAACGACUACGGGCUGGAGCUGGCUGUUCGAAGGAGACGGACCAAGUCUCUGCUGGGAGAAGACCAACUCCGCAAAAAAUUAGUCGCAAGCUUUUACGGGGAAGGAUUAAGCUCAACAAAUGACACGUAUAUAAGACCACCAGUAGAUAUAUCUUCGCGAAUGGUACACUCCACUGACACCAGUCUAGAAGAGGACGCACCCGAGCCGGACGCCACGAAACCAUCAACUGUAUGCUGUUCCGACAGCGGUGCGUAUGAAGAUUGGUUUGGGAGUGAAAUAAUAAUGCCUCGAGAUACUGAUAGGAUUCUAGAACAGAUCGUUUUAAUGUUAUUACGCGUAGGGGCUUAUAUGAAGAAGGAGGUAACAGAAUCUUUACUUGACCCUCAGAGAUAUAGUUCAGCAGUACCUGCAUUGUGGCAUCGUGAUAAUAUCGACUGCACUAUCAAUGGAGACGAUUAUGACACACCUCAGCUUGUAGGAAGUAUUAGAGGAAAUACAGCCUCGUAUUUGCGAGAAUAUCCACAAAUAUUUAUGAAAAAAACUACCACGGAAAAUCUCCAGACAGAACCUACAAGUACACAUUUGAAAACUGCUCAUAGUAAUGGUGAACAUGACGAAUUAAAAAACAAAUCAAACAAAAAUUCGCUCAGUGUAUCCCAUGAAACGUUGGCAACAUCAGCGGGACUUGAACAAAAACCAAGCAAGAAGAAAGUAACUACAUUAGACAUAAAUGCUAAACAGGCAUCACAAGUAACUUUUGAUAAACAAGGGGAAAUAGGGACGCCAUUACGAAUUGGAAGCAGUCAAAUAAGUGAUAAAACAAAUAAUUCUGUUCAAAUGAGUAUAGGUUCCCAAGGUAGCAAUUCAAAUCCAAGUGAGAAAUCAAAUGAUAGCGAAAAAUCUAUAGCAAAUAUAAUAGACAGGGCAACUCAAAAUAGAGAAAUUAAUCUAAAAAUGUUGGAGGAGUAUACAAGUAUGCUGUAUAAUAAAAUAAUGAACAAUGAUGAUAACAGCAGAGAAAUCUCCGAUGAUUUCAUAAUUAAUGAAUUUAAAGAAUUGAUCAACGGCAGAUCUACUCUUGCUCAAAUAUUAAAUAUAGAACACAAUGGAGAGUUUGUGCUUAGCAGUGCAAUUAAUGAAAUAAGAAAUAAACAUUUAUUUGCUAGUGAUGCAUCGAAUGAAUCCUCAGACGAUGCCAUAUUUGAUCCUUACUAUAGAAAUUCUGAUUUCCCUGAAAUUUUUAAUUUGGAUAGCCAAGAAAAUUUUAUGUUUCGUAAAGUAACAAAUGAAAAUAGUGUCAACAUGAAUUCAUUCCCUAAAACAGCCAAUAAAGAUGAAUGUAAUAGCAAUAGCGAUAAUAAAAUAAUAAGAAAAGACGAGUCACAAUCUGAUGUAAAGUAUAGAAAACAUGCAACUGUUGGUAUAAUAGAUGAAAGCAAAUCAGAUAAUAAAACAAAUAAAGAGCCUCCAGGUAUUAAAAUUCCAAGUAAUGAUAACAUGAUAAAUUUGACACAAAAUGAUACUGUAAACGUAGGAAAAAAUGGAGAUUUACCCCAAAGCACGAAAAUAGAAGAUUUAACACGACGUAUGACAAUAGAAGAUUUAACACAAGGUAGGACAAUAGAAGAUUUAACACAAGGUAGGACAAUAGAAGAUUCAACACAAGAUAUACAAAUAGAAGAUCGAACACAAGGUAUGAAAGUAGAAGAUUUAACACAAGGUAUACCAAUAGAAGAUUUAACACGACGUAUGACAAUAGAAGAUUUAACACAAGGUAUAACAAUAGAAGAUUUAACACAAGGUGUGAAAAUAGAAGAAAUUACCGACAAACAAGCCCAACAAGCCCCGUACUUUAUUACUUACAAUAAACCCAAAGAAGUACCUUUACGUAUAAUGUCGAUUGAGGAUAACUUAGCCCCUGAAAGAACAUCUAAAACUACGACUGUUGACAAAGAUAAAGAAGGUACUUCUACAGAAUCUAAACAAGAAACAUCACAAACUAAAAUGUUAAAUGAAGAAGAAGAUAAAAUAUUGAAAAAAGUUCCUAGUAAAGACUCUACAGAUAAUAAACAAGAUAAUAACAAUCCUAACGAUGAUAGUAAACCAAAUAGCAGUGAAAACACAAAAAGAAAUGCAUAAAAUAUAAGUUAAUUUGAAAUUG